UGCCAGAGGUGGGAAGUCCAGGGGUCAAAGAGUAAAAGUCCUGCCAUAUUUUUAUUCCACCCACUGAAGCAGCGUUAAAGUUAAUGAGAUAAUUAAGUGAUUAAUUUAGUGAUGAUUGACCAUUAUUGAAGACACCUGAAGUUAACAUCAGGUAUCUUCAAUAACAGUCAAUCAUCACUCAAUUAUUUAUCAAUUAUUAUCAAAUACUGUUUAUUUUGCGUUUUUUACUCCCGGCCCUCAUUAACAAUUAUAUAUAAUUUAUAAAUGAUUAUAUACAAAAUUAAUAGUUUUAUUAAGAUUGAUGUGGAAUUGGAAUUGGUCACAUGUGCUUGGGAAAAAAAAUCAGAAAAUCGACUUUCCUAAUUAUGCAUGCAUUGUGUGCGUGUAUAUAUGAUAUGAACUAUAAUUUUUGUCAUAUUCAUAUAUAGGACUAAAUUAGUUCAUAUCAUGUCUCAUUCAAAGUAUUUACAAAAUUUGUAAAUUAACUUCCUUAUUUUGUUAUUUUUCUCAUGUCAGCACUGUUGGCUCAGUGACCAAUCCUGUUUUUUGGCUUUAAAUGUCUCCUUCUGUGAUGCGAAACUGCUUUUCAUAAUCAAGGCUAUCAGGAUCCUAAUCUUUCCAUCUCAAACAUGAGUCAGUCAAACAUAUUUGGUUUGAUGGUCAUCAUUCCUCUAAUUUUAUCACAGUCAGCGAGAGGGAAGGACUGUGUGUGUGAGCUGCAAAAUUCUGAUCCUGCUUUCCCUGAGAAUAAACUCAAGAACGUUGAGUUCACUGCUUUACAAUGCACUGGGAACAUCACUUCAGAAAAGAUGACAGAGAUUGACAGCCUUUUGUUGGGUCUACAACACCGUAUCUGGCAGCUUCUGGAUAAUGUGUCCAUGCUGGAAAAAGAAGACAACGGAAAUCUGUAUGCAGCCGUGUCUCUACGCAUUAUUGAAUUGGAGUUAGCGGAGAUUCAAGACCUUCUGGAUAAACUCAACAGGACCACCAACAAUUACAAGCAGCUUAGUGUAGAGGCUGCUGCAGAGCUUCAGGAUAUGAAGGAAAAGAUGGUGGAGCUGGAGAAGUUUGACCACACACAGGUGAUGGUGAGAGAGCGUGAAAACCAGCGUAUAAAGAGCGACCUGGAACGCUGUGCAGAUGUGCUCAGUAGUACAUCACCAGCCCCUACACUUUCCCCUGGCCGCUGUGGUCUGGGUCAUAUUGUCAGUGUGGCGGGACCUAGAACGUAUUCCCUCACUGUGUAUGGAACUUCUUAUUCUUACGGUGCUUGGGGUCGAGAUGCAAAUCCUGCUCCAGGAGACGAGAACAAGUACUGGCUGGUGGUGCUGUCAAGCAGUAAUGUACAUGGCCACUAUGUCCGCCAGUUCAAUAGUAUGGGUACUUUUAUAUUAGGUAUAGGAGCAACAGAUACAUAUAUAUCAAGCUCCAACCCCACAACAAACACAAUUCAGGGUCCAAACAUGGUCAUGUACGGCAACGCGCUCUACUAUAACUGUUACAACAUAUACUCCAUAUGUCAGUUCAACAUGACGACUCAGUCUGUCAGCACUGUGGCUUUACCUAAUGAUGCAGGAUACAACAACAUGUUUCCUUUCGCACACCUCGGCACCACAUACAGCUAUACAGAUAUGGAUUUUGCCACAGAUGAAUCAGGCGUCUAUGUUAUAUACGCGUCCACAAGCAGCUUCGGAAAUGUGGUUAUCAGUAAAGUUGAGACUAGCAACCCGCCAGCUUUGAACCAAACAUGGUUCUCUUCUCUUCACAAAAGGACCGUCACAAACACCUUCAUGGUGUGUGGUGUGCUUUAUGCUACUCGUUACUUGAAUGCAGAAACAGAAGAGAUCUUUUACUCUUAUGACACCAAAACCAAUGUAGAGCGCUAUGAUUUGAGAAUUCACAUUAAGAAGAUGCAGACUAAUAUUGAGUUUCUAAACUAUGACCCCAGAGAUCAUCUGCUGUAUGUCUACAGUGAUGCCUACAUUCUAACUUAUGAGCUCAUCUUUCAGUAAAUCUCCAAUGAACUUGAUUUGAGACAUUAGAGUAUGGCUGCAUCCCAUUUCACAUACUGUCUGUACUAGCAUAUAUAGCAUGCAAAAUUAGAUGCAACACAAAUGAUUGUAUGUUGAAUGAUUGUAUCCUAAAUGAAGGAUUCUCAAUAGCAACCUGUGUGUGUGUGUGUGUGUGUGUGUGUGUGUGUGUGUGUGUGUGUGUGUGUGUGUGUGUGUGUGUGUUACUUCAAGAGAACAACCAUACAUGUGUUUUAUUUUCUUAUUUUCUUUUUAUGAUUUAAUUUUAAAAAUCAUGUAUAAUCAUUAGCCAUUUAUGUAGCUUUCUAUUGAUUGAUCAUUUAUUCAUAUUAUUAUUAUUUGAUUUACAUCAUUUAUAAUUUGAUCAUUUAUGUGUCAUUUUAUGUUUUAAUAUUUUGUAUCUAUAUGUUCCUUUCAAUUGUUGUUUAAUCCUAUGAUUGUGUGGUUUCAAGGGAGGUUUGUCUUCAUAGAAGAGACAAAAGAAUGUCUUUUUUUUAAAUCACAGGACGAUGUUGUGAAGCAGUAAUUUUCCAUUGCUUGUCAUUGGUAUAAUAACAUUUGUUGGAUUUGUACUGGUUAGAUGAAGUCUGAGCAUUGAAACAUUUGAAACUAAGAUUAUUCAAUAAACUGUGCUCCUUUUAAUAUCAUUACUUUUACUCCUGCUUCAGGCUGAAAGAAGAAUGCUAAUAAAAUUUUGGGUUCAACACAAAAUUUUAUGAAAUUACGUCCGAUGAACUAGUGUCCUAUUUAUUCAAAAGUAUGUAUCCAAAACUGCUUGU